AUGAGUCGCCAUAUCAACCUACAUGUUAAUGUUCAGUCACAAGACGACUCACCACGAAGGAUAGAAUGGCCUUUACCGUCUGGUAGUCUUUUCGCGCGCUUCAAGAAGGCUGCAGUGGCUUCGGAUCAUGGUCUAUGUUCAGAAGUGGGACGAGACGUGUUGAUUGAUGGUGGAAAUGCGGUUGAAUCAAUGAUCGCUACACUUCUUUGCAUUGGGGUUGUAAACCCGCAAUCGAGUGGCCUUGGAGGCGGUUUCAUUAUGACUCUAUUCAAUGCAGAAAUUUUCGUCGAUCGGGCGACUGGUCGUGUUUAUGAAGAGGGCGACAUUAUGAAGAGAGAACGAUAUGGAUUUACUCUUCAGCUGAUUGCAAACGCCACUGACCCAGUAGAGUUAUUCUACAAAGGUGGAAUGGCACAAACAAUUGCAGGAGAGAUCACUGACAACGGAGGGUACGUUGACCAAAAAGAUUUGGCCAGCUAUGAAACUCUAAUCGACGAAAUUCCACUCUUGUCUACCGGGCUUCCUGGCGAUUUGGAAAUGUGUGGACCUCCACCGCCGUCGUCGUUCGUGAUUACGCAGAAUAUCAUUGCAGUGAUGGCUGGUAAAUCUUCUAAUUCUUAUCAAGAGCUCUUCGAAAUUCCCCAUUUUGGAUUUUCUAGCUUCGGAGUGGACCUAAACGAUCCACUAGUUUACCAUCGCCUCAUCGAAGCCGAGAAAUUCGCCUAUGCACAGCGAACCAAACUCGGCGACAUGCGAUUCGUCGAAAGUACCAUAGCGCUCGUCGCCAAUAUGAGCACACCAAAAUAUGCGAAAUGGGUAGCGUCAAUGAUUAAAGACACUGCACAGGAGCAAAGUUAUUAUCUCGGUGAUUCGACUUCACAGGUCCCCGAUCACGGAACAUCACAUGUGACCGUGAUUGAUCAUGAAGGAAAUGGAGUUUCGUGUACUUCGACAAUAAACCAAGUUUUUGGUUCAAUGCGAGCUUCACAAACGCUCGGAAUUAUCUGGAACGACGAAAUGGACGACUUUUCAACUCCUGGCACUCCAAAUGCGUUCGGUUUCGCGCCAUCACCUUCUAACUUCAUUGCACCUGGCAAACGACCGAUGAGUAGCAUGAGCCCGAUGAUCAUCUACAAUAAAAAUGAGGACACAAAAUAUGAAAAGGUUCUAGCGGCAAAAAUCGGUGAACUUCAGGUUGUAAUGGCUGUGGGCGCUUCCGGUGGUUCCUACAUCAUAUCAGCAACUGCGCAAGUCGUGAUUCGUACCAUGUUAUUUAAUCAAACUGUUAAGGUACGACAAUUUCGAGAGAUUUAA